GCGAGAAGAUGGCGACUUCGAACAAUCCGCGGAAAUUCAGCGAGAAGAUCGCCUUGCACAAUCAGAAGCAGGCGGAGGAGACAGCGGCCUUCGAGGAGGUCAUGAAGGACCUGAGCCUGACGCGCGCCGCGCGGCUUCAGCUUCAGAAGUCCCAGUUCCUGCAACUGGGCCCGAGCCGUGGCCAGUACUACGGAGGCUCCCUGCCCAACGUGAACCAGAUCGGGAGUGGCACCAUGGACCUGUCCUUCCAGACACCCUUCCAGUCCUCAGGCCUGGACACCAGCCGGACCACCCGACAUCAUGGGCUAGUGGACCGAGUGUAUCGGGAACGUGGCCGGCUUGGCUCCCCGCACCGCCGGCCCCUGUCAGUGGACAAACAUGGACGGCAGGCCGACAGCUGUCCAUACGGCUCCGUGUAUCUGUCACCACCCGCGGACACCAGCUGGAGGAGGACCAAUUCAGACUCCGCCCUUCACCAGAGCACAAUGACGCCGACCCAGUCAGAAUCCUUUACGGGUGGAUCUCAGGAUGCACACCAGAAAAGAGUCUUACUAUUAACAGUCCCAGGAAUGGAGGAGACCACGACCGAAGCAGAUAAAAACCUUCCCAAGCAAGCGUGGGACACCAAGAAGACGGGGUCCAGGCCCAAGUCCUGUGAGGUCCCCGGAAUCAACAUCUUCCCAUCCGCCGACCAGGAAAACACUACAGCCCUGAUCCCCGCCACCCACAACACGGGGGGCUCCCUACCCGACCUGACCAACAUCCACUUCCCCUCCCCCCUCCCGACCCCUCUGGACCCCGAGGAGCCCACCUUCCCUGCGCUGAGCAGCUCCAGCAGCACUGGCAACCUCGCCGCCAACCUGACUCACCUGGGCAUCGGUGGCGCCGGCCAGGGGAUGAGCACGCCGGGCUCCUCUCCACAGCACCGACCUGCUGGUGUCAGCCCGCUGUCCCUGAGCACAGAAGCAAGGAGGCAGCAGGCCCAGCAGGUGUCGCCCACCUUGUCCCCACUGUCACCCAUCACUCAGGCCGUGGCCAUGGACGCCCUGUCUCUGGAGCAGCAGCUGCCCUACGCCUUCUUCACCCAGGCUGGCUCCCAACAGCCGCCCCCGCCGCAGCCCCAGCCCCCACCACCUCCACCGCCGGCGUCCCAACAGCAGCCUCCCCCGCCGCCGCCUCAGGUGCCCGUUGGCCUACCCCCGGGAGGCCCUCUGAUGCCAAGCGCCAGCCUGACGCGGGGGCCACAGCUGCCCCCGCUCGCGGUCACGGUACCGUCCUCUCUCCCCCAGUCCCCCCCAGAGAACCCGGGCCAGCCAUCGAUGGGGAUUGACAUCGCCUCGGCGCCGGCUCUGCAGCAGUACCGCACUAGCGCGGGCUCCCCGGCCAACCAGUCUCCCACCUCGCCUGUCUCCAAUCAAGGCUUCUCCCCCGGGAGCUCCCCACAACACUCGUCCGCCUUGGGCAGCGUGUUUGGGGACUCAUACUAUGAGCAGCAGAUGGCAGCCAGGCAGGCCAAUGCUCUGUCCCGCCAGCUGGAGCAGUUCAACAUGAUGGAGAACGCCAUCAGCUCCAGCAGCCUCUACGGCUCCGGCUCCACACUCAACUACUCGCAGGCGGCCAUGAUGGGCCUCACGAGCAGCCACGGGAGCCUGCAGGACACGCAGCAGCUCGGCUACUCCAGCCACAGCGGCAUCCCCAACAUCAUCCUCACAGUGACAGGAGAGUCCCCUCCUAGCCUCUCUAAAGAACUGACCAGCACUCUGGCCGGGGUCAGCGAUGUCAGCUUCGACGCUGACAACCAGUUCCCCCUGGAUGAACUCAAGAUCGACCCCCUGACCCUCGACGGACUGCACAUGCUCAAUGACCCUGACAUGGUCCUCGCUGACCCGGCCACUGAGGACACCUUCCGGAUGGACCGUCUGUGAGCGGCCAUGCCUGGCAUAGUGCCGCCGGUCCGUGGUCUCCGACGGCGUCCCUCCAAGCCUGGGGGCGGCCACACUCCGUCCCUCGCAAACGGCCGAGCUUGUGAUUCUGAGCUUGCAAUGCCGCCCGGCGCCCCCACCAGCCCGCCCCCGGUUGUUCACCUCCCGCUGAAGCCCGGCGGGGCCGAGCCGGGCCCUCCGUCCGUCCGCCUGGGGCCAGGCGGGGUCAGAGGCUGUGAGUCCUCACUCCUGCAGACCCUCCCUGCGCUCGUUCCUCUCCUACCCCGGGGCCGGGCGCGAGCCCCCCACAGGAUGCUGAGAGUGGGGUGUCAGGAGGCUUGGGGUGGGUGUCUGGGCUGAGGUGCACUUUCCGACUGUUGAUGAGCUCUCACUGCCUUUCUUCAUCCCGUCCCCGCGACCCGCCAUCCCCAGCCCACGAUCAGGUAGACAGCGGCCCCACCUGCCGAGGCAGAAGGUGCCAGAGGAGGGACAGGCAGAGUGAAAUAAACACUAUUUUGAUGGCCGUCUUCUAUUUUCUGAGCACACUCAAAAGCACCGGGCGAACGUUAGGUGUGACCCAGCAUGCGGAGCGGCCCACGCCCUCUCGCCCUCCCACCCCUUCAGCCCAGCCAGGGCCUUCUGUCCCGAGAUGUCCCGACAGGCUGAAGCAGACCACAGCUGCCCCGGGCAGGGAUGACCUGGGGUCUUUAUCUCCCUCGCCCUGUCCUGUGGUCAUGUUAGAGGUACAUACUGUUACUAAGGCGUGGGGGGUCGGGCGGGUAGGUGGCCAGGGAAUCUCUGUCGUGAUUUUUUUUUCUUCUUUGGUUUGUAUUUACAUUUGGUUGUAGACGAGUAGCUGAAUCUUUCCAGCCAACACUUGCCUGAGAGCAUGAUUUUAUAAUCCCAGAAUCCUGUGUUCCCCAUUUUUAAGCUAACUGGAAACGUGGGCUGAUAAACCUAGGAGCAGUGGCCGCCCACAGGCCCAAGCCCGAACCUCGGACUUUCUUAGUUUUGCGGCCACCAAGAGGCCACCUAAGGCCCCGCCUGUCAGAAGCUCGUGAUGGCUAAAGAGGCCGCUGUUGGUGCAUAAAGCAGACUUUUGGGACGUAGCCCGUUUUAUGGGAGGGUCUCUGUAAGAACUGACUCUGCCUGCUGCUCCCCAGUGUGUCCCCAAGCCUCACCUUGAAGACCCCAUGACUGGGGCCUCUGCGCUGAGGGCAUCAGGACCAGUGGGAAAGAGUGGACCUCUGAAAGCCAGGGCAGAGCUGGCCUUUCGUCUCCUGCACCCUGCCCUCUCUGGUUCCCGGUCCAGGCCUCUGAUGGGCCUUGUGUCCCAGCCACCAGUUUUUGGUGCCUCAGCCAGGGCCGAGGGGACUUGGAGGCAAAGGGCAGCAUGUGUUUUAGUGGCAGGUUUCCAGGUGCUUUAAGAAGUGCCUCUGGAGGCCAAGGUUGCAGUGGGGCACCCGGAGUGGCCUCAGACACUGCCACCACAGGCCCUGUGACAGGCAGUGGCACAGCUGUUUUCUGUCUCCCGCUCUGGGAUGUGACACUCUGGGUUUUUCCUCUGGGUCGCACCUUGACGCCCUCGCCUGCGCCUCUGCCCACCAGGCUGGCACCUUCUGCUGGGUGCGUUUCUUUGUGGUGUCGCAGCUGCCACCUCCGCCAGGUCACAGGAGCCCUUAUUCUGUCCUCCGGAGCUGCAUUUGAUACUAGCACUGUCCCUCCCUCUCCUUCCCAGUGACACUGUUAGCACAUGGCCAAGCAGCCAGGUGGCCACUGACCUCCUGGGUCACUGUGCACCUGCUGCUGUCCAUCACCCUGGGCUUGAGGAGCACAGCAUUAGACGGUGUCCAGGUCACAGCCCAUUCUGCUGCUGGGAUGGAGGCCGGAAGCAAAAAGUGGGGACAUUUUUUUUUUUUUAAGAAAAACUGUACACGGGAGGCUUUGGUUACAUUAGACUUGUAUGUAGAACUUUAAAAAAUGGCCUUAAUAAAAUCCCACACAACCUGCCUGGGCACAGUUUUCAAAUAAGGCGUUGGGGACCUCACAAAGGAGCCUCAUGGGCCGCCACAACUGUCCAUCGAGCCACUGGCCAAUGCCACCGCCACUGCUCUUUCAGGCUCUUGGUGCAGACAGGUGAGAGAGGAGGGACAGUGCCCUCUGAGCAUCCCAGGUUUUUGGCCCGUCUCCAGUGUCCCACAGCCAGGACCACAGGUGACAUUGUAUUAAUGCAGUGGCCUUGGCUUAUCGCCAAAUUCUUUUUCCAGUGGGAAUGAGGUGGAUCAAGGUCAGGGCUUCCUGCGAAGGUGCGGGGCCUUGUUCGUUCUCAGGGCCAGCUGGGAGCCAGCAGCCAGGCGUCCCCGUGUUCUGGAAACGCUCACCCCCUCUGCACCUGGGCAGGCCACCUGGGCUCUGUAACGGGAUUUUGUGGGGGUCUUUUUUUAGAUGUCACUUCUCUACUAAAUAUUCCUGAAUUGCCAAGACUUUCUAAAACAAGACAGUUUAAGGGAACCAGCCCUGUGCUUUGUGACGUGAAAAUACUGUGAUUUCAGAUGCGCUGCACCAGGAGGGCCAGGCCAGGGGCCCCUGCAGCAUGUAUAUAGCCCCACUGCUCGUGUCCUCGUUUGGGACAGGCUUGGAUACUCGGCCCUUGCCGGGUCAGAGGCAGGGCCAGGCCAGCCGUUCCCCCAGCCCUACCCAUGUACUCCCGGCUUUGGCCAGGUCCCUCCGCUUUGCAGAUCCUCCCUCAGGGCAGAAGCAAGAUGGGGGGCUUCUGAGAACACCACGUCCCCACCACCUCUUCUACCCCCACCCUCUGGGUCCCAGGGGGGUGCAUUUGCUCCCUCACAAGGCUCAGAGGCCGGAGCCCCUGGGUCAGCUCCUUUGUGCUCCGGGCGUUUUGCUCCACAGGGCCCCACCUGGGACACUCCUCUCUGGUGCCACCUUCUUGUGGCUUUUCAGUGCUGUGGAGGAGAAUUCUGACAUGGUGUGAUUUCUCCAGGUGGUCCAGCUCUCUGGAGGACAUAGCAGGGUCCCGUACUGAGGCCCGUGUUUCAUGGUGGGGCAUGGAAUGGUGGCCAGUGGCCUUCAGAUGGGUGUGGGACGUCACAGCCAGGGCUGUGUGGCCAGCAGCUGCCUACAGCCACUCGGGGGCACAGCCCAGGGAGGGAUAGGCAGGGCCAGACAGCUGGGCAGCCACCCUGUGUCAGUGCCUGUCCCUAGGGGGGCUCGGAGACCCCCAGCCCUCCUGUCUUGGUGGGUCCUCAGUUGGUCCAAACCAAACACUCUUCCAAAUCCCCACCUGACCUGGCUCCCGGUUUUCUGUAUUUCCAAAGAAGGCCUCGAGCGCCUGGCCAGCUGGGCGUGGUGAGGCCGGGUGGUACUGGGCCUCCACGCUCUCCAGUGGUUCCUGAUGCAGCUGGUGGCCAGAGGUCACAGGGUCCUCAUUGUGGGGGUGGGAUGAGGGUCCCUCAGCACCAGGGUCCCCAACGCCAAUGAUAGGAGGUACCCUUGAGCCUGGUGCAUUGUCACCCUGCUAGGUGACACUCCAGGUGAGGGGACCAUGGCUCCUGGAGCCCUCCCCACAUGGCCUGGAGAGCUUGGGGAAGACUCAGUCCUUUACAAACCACUGAGGAUGCUUGGGGUGCGGAGGCAGCAGGGUCCCUUUAAGCCGCAUUCUCCUUGGCCCCUGAGUCCCCAUUCCUACAGGGGUCUUCUGGCAUUUGACUUGGUGUCCCUGGGACAUCCCCCCCCCCCUCAGGUCGUGCCCAGUCAGUUUGGCCUGAGCCAACCAUGUCCUUGGGUUCUUUCCAAGGAGUUCUGGCCAGCCAGGGCUCAGGUACCACUCAGAGCCCUCCAUGUGGUAUGAGUGUCCCUUCUACCUUUGUCAUCCAGGGACAGGAGGUGGGUGACCUGCAUCCCAGGCCUGGGUGCGAGGCUACUCCCAAGGGCACGGGGUCAGGAGUGAGCCCCAUGGGGCCUGAGCCUCAGUUUCCCUCCUGUCACUUUCCAAACCCGAAGGUCUCAGGGCCCCCGGCUCCCUGACCAGGGUCGGGGGCAGAGGCUGGCCUUGGGAUGGUGCUGGUUCCAGAUGGCUCCAUCCACCUUUCUCCGCGUGGCCCGUGUCAGGGGUGGGGGUUGUCUCACAGGGUUCUGGAUUUGGGAUCAAUCCAUGUUCGGCCUUGCCUAGCCCAGCUGGUCAAGCACUCCUGACCUCCUGCCCACUGGGAACAUGGGGACAUAGCCAUGGCCUCGCACCACACCCCGGAGACUGGGCUUUGGCAGCCCAGGUCCACAGGCCCUGCCUUGCCCCCACUAGGAACUGCCCCCCAGGGGCUGGGCAGCCCCAUUGAUAUAUGCAAACCUGCUGGUCCAAGCCCCGCCCCGCCCGUGCCCCUCUGUGCCCAGGCUGGCUCUGUCCCCCAGCAUGUACACUCCACUGCGGAUGUCCUGUGGGCCUGCGCGGGCGCUGUGGCAGGCAGGUGGGGCGGGCGCUCAGGGCACACUCGGCUGCCCCUGCCCGCCCUCCGGCGCGGACGCUUUUGUCUUUGUAUCUUUGCAUCCUUUGUAAUGAAAUGGAAUAAAAAUCCAAUGUUUUCGUC